AAAUGCGGAAUUCUGGCAACAUGGUUUCUAUCCAAUUCCGCUCGCAUAUAUGUUGUAUGAGGUAAGCAAGAGAUUCUUUGGAGGUAAGUGUGAUAGUAUUUCUGUUUUCGGCGAAAAUUAAGAAUGGCGGCUGUUUUGCGCUUGAAGCGGAAAGCUUGUGAUGAACCUGCUGAAGGACUGAUAAUAGCAUUGAAAAGACCAAAGUGUGAGGAGAACGUGAAUGAAGUCUUUUUCAAAUUUGCUGUUACUGUGAAAAGCGAGAAAGAAUCCAUCAAAAAUCAUAUUCAGGCUGCUCUGUCGAAAGAAAAAGUUCUUUCUUAUUCCAGAUGGCGUGAUAAAAAAAAUGCUGUUCGCCAGAAAAAUGUUCAUCAGAUUUGUCAGAAGUUGAAAGCUGAGCAUAAAGCUGCAAAUGAAAAGAAACGUUUAGAUCUCUUGAACAAUCGACGCUUAAUUUUUAGUGAAACUGUUCCUGUCGAGGACGAUAAUGAACACGAAUCUCUUGAUAAAGACAUAGAAGUUCGAAAAUUAUUUCAAUUGUAUGAUAUUAUUGAAGAAAACGAAGAUGUUAAAAAACAGGGUGAGGAAUUGGAAAGCAUUAUCACGUGUAACAAUCAAGCUCUUAUUCGAGAAAAAACAGAUUAUGUUUAUGAUGUAUAUAUUGCUGAUGUUCCUAUCGAUGAUACAUUUAUUGACAGUGCUGUAUGUGUGCGACCGUAUUCCUUGAUAAUAGAUGAUGAUAUAUACUUUGGAGACAGUGAAGAUUCUCAAGAGUGUUAUGAGGAUGAAGAUGACAGCAAUGAUGAAAAUAAUUGGCGAAAUGAUUAUCCGGAUGAAUCUGAUUCCGAUAAAGAUGAUAUUGAAUCUGAUUAUGACAUUCAUGAAUAUCACAAUGAAGAAAUAAUUUAUGCUUUGGAUAAGUUUGAUAUGAUGAUGAUGAGGAGGAGGAGGAGGGUGAACAGUAUGACUCUUCUCGUGUUUUACAAGAGUUAUCAGCUGAUGAUGAGGAUGAUUAGCUUUUGUUUUAUUUCAUUACAAAAGUCAGUUUUAAUGGCAAAAACAUGUUGUAUUAGUGAUUUUGUGUGUGUGUAAAAAUUGAAAUAUUGUACAAAUGUAUAUUUUUUUAAUGUGAUAAAUGUUUGUAUUUGACAUUCA